AUGGAUUCCAUGACCAGGAAACAAAUACAGAAUGAUUGGUCACCUUUUGAAGACACCAAAGUUUAUCCUCUAUCAAAGAAGGUGGUAUUUUCAUUUGCGUGUAGGAUAUUUUUGGGCAUGAGUGACGAUGAUGAUGAUCAGGCCCUAAUGAAUGUUGAUACGUUGAAACGGUAUUUUUAUUUGGAGGAAUCUUUUAUGUUUUCUUUGCCCGUUGACUUGCCUGGAACCGGCUACAGCAAAGCUAUGAGAGCUGGCAAGAUUUCGAAGGAAGGGAUUUUGAAGGCGAUUAUUGGAAAGAUUCAACAGGGUCACGUUGAUGAUGAUGGUGAACAGAGUGUGGGUCUUUUGACUCAUAUUCUGUUUCGAUCCAAAACUUAUAACAAGGGUUUUAUCAGGGAAAAAGAUGUGUGGAAUGCUUUGACGGGUGUUCUGCUUCCUGCCUACGAUGACAUUACCGCUGCUAUCACGUUUCUGCUCAAAUAUCUUGCCCAACUUCCUCAUAUCUACACCCAGGUUUACACAGUGUUGAAUGCAGCAGUGUAUCACAUAUGGAUUGAGAGGAAUUCAAGAAGAUUUGGAGGCGAAGUAGCAAUAGUUGGCAGCAGAGCGGAGCAGAUCAAGAUUGCUGUGAAAACAAAUAUUUUGAAUUCUUGUGAAAGCUGA